AUGCAACGACGUCUCAAGCCUUUCCUUUCCAACUCUUCUCUAUGUAAAACAUGGAUUGGACUGGAAGGAGGCUCUCCUUCCGUUCUCACCAACAAUGGACAUCAUAGACUUGCCUUGAGAAGAAAUAAUAAUAAUACUACUACUAACAACCAAUGUUAUGCUUCCUAUUCAACCACAACAACCUCUCAUCAGUCUGCCACAAGUGUUGCCGUGAAUGAAGAGACAUUUCCAUCGAGGCCAUCACCAUCGGAAUUGAUUUCAGAGGAAGCACAAACCGCCUCAGCACCAUCACUCUCACCUGCAGAAAUGGCUACUUCAGAGCAAGCAGCUUUGGAGGCUAUGGAGAGAAAAUUCUAUGUGUUGCCAUCGAUUUUUGAACAAUACGGUACUCCGAGACCACCCACCAUCUCUCUCAUUCAUCAAUUUACGGACGGAAAGGCUGCUUUUGAAUUUCAAUCACAAGAUAAUGUUGAAUCUCUAACUGCACAAUUACCAAAUAUUGACAAGACAUAUCCUAAUCCUAACCUUGCCCAAUACUAUGAACAACAUAAUGCACAACUUCAAUCCCGAACCUUAAAAGAUAAUAUUGUGGAUUCACAACCAUACUACCGUCUUUCUAGUUUUAAUUAUAGCGCACUAAGAUAUAGCUUACUCAGAGCGGGAUUUAAGAGAUUAGGAAAGGACGUUCCUGUGGUUGAGAGAGGAUUUAUGAGUGCAGACGAGGAGGAAAAGGAGAGACGUUUCGAAAGUUUCAUCAAGGAACCAUUUUCAAUUUUCUGGGGACGUCACUUGCCUGCUCACUUUUAUCAACACUUGAAUGCAUUUCAAAAAGUGAAUCAUUUUCCAGGAUCAACAAAUUUAGGUCGAAAGGAUUUACUCUUCAUUAAUCUCUUCAGACAACAGCAAUUAAUGGGAGGUGCUGAAUAUGACUUUUUCCCUGACAGCUUCCUCUUACCGUACGAUUACAAUGUUUUUGAACAGAGAUGUAAGGAACAAGAGCUCUUCAUUCUCAAACCAUUCGCAAGUAGCUGUGGAAGAGGAAUUAGCGUUUACAAUACCAAGAAACAGGCUCCAAUUCCACAAGACAAACGUAUCCUCGCUCAGGAAUAUAUUGCAAAUCCAUUGUUGAUUAGCGGAAAGAAAUUUGACAUGAGACUCUAUGUUCUUGUCUCCUCAUAUGAUCCUCUUCGUGUUUAUUUGCAUAAUGAUGGAUUAGCGCGAUUUGCCACCGAAGAAUACGACAUGGAAAAUUUGGAUAGUGUAUUUUCGCAUUUAACCAAUUACUCACUCAACAAAAAGUCUGAUGCCUACGUGAGAAAUAAUGAAGAAGGAGAGUCAGAGGAGGAUGGUUGGAAUGAACAUGCUCACAAAUGGAGCAUUCCAUCCCUCAAAUCAUACCUCAAACGAAAUGGAUUCCCAGUCGAAAAGAUUUGGGGUGACGUUGAAUCACUCAUUGUCAAGACAUUAAUUUCCGUUGAAGGAAGAAUUAGACAAACAUGUGACAAGGUCAAAUUGCCAAGCACAAAGAACUGCUUUGAAAUUUAUGGUUUUGACGUCAUGAUCGACAACAAUUUGAAGCCAUGGCUCAUUGAGGUCAAUAUAAUGCCAUCUCUAGGAGUGUCCUCAGUGCUCGAUAAACGCGUGAAGGUCGAUGUUUUGAGCGAAGCUUUCCAUAUUAUUGGUAUGGUUCCUUACUCGCGUUUGAAUUACGAACAAGAGAAACAGAGCAAACUUCGUUAUUAUGGAGAAUCUGUGAGUGCUCAAGAAAAGUACAUUCUCCACGAUAGUGAAGAUGAAUUGUCACGAAUGCACAACUUUAAGAGAAUUUAUCCACCUGUGGAUGGCAACCCUGGUCGAUACGAGCAUUUGUUUGCUGAGCAUGUGCCAUCGAAUAAGAUUUUGAUCGAUUUUGAAAAAGAAAAACUCAAUCAUAGUAUUGAGUCUCUUCACAAACUCAUUGCAUAA